AUGGCCACAGCAGCCUCAAGACACCGCGCAAUAGCACUCUAUAAGGAGCUGCAUCGCCUCGGACGCGACUACCCUGAUCCUUCUUACGACUUUCACGGGCGCAUGCGGAGAUUAUUCGAGAGGAACCGCGCGCUCACAGAUCCGGAGCAGAUAGAGAGGGCACUGUGCUUAGGGGAGUUUAUCCGUGACGAAACCCUGGCGCUGUACUCUCUGAAGAAGUAUCGACAUUUGAAACGCGCGUACGCGCCAGACGAAUCUCCGGAGGUACCCGUACAUGAUCCCAUACCAGCAACAUGA